ACAUCGCAUUGUCAUUCAAGCGUUUUCUCUACUACAUAAACUCUCUCUCUCUCUCUCUCUCUCUCUCUGUGACGUAUUCUGUAAUGGAGAGGAACCAGAUGCUCAGACAGGUUGCCGUCAUGAGGCAGUCCUUCUUUGAUCAGGGAUUUCUUGACGAACAAUUUGUCCAGCUGGAGGAGCUUCAAGAUGAUGCUAAUCCUAAUUUUGUGGAGGAAGUUGUUACAUUGUACUAUCGGGAUUCAUCCAGGCAAAUCCUUAACAUAGACCAGGCACUGGAGAGAAACCCUCUGGAUUUCAAUAAGCUGGACACCUAUAUGCAUCAGUUCAAGGGAAGUAGCACAAGCAUUGGAGCCAAAAAGGUAAAAGCUGAAUGCACACAGUUCAGGGAAUAUUGCAAGGCAGGAAAUGGAGAAGGAUGCAUGAGGACUUUCCAACAAGUGAAGAAAGAAUAUGCCAUUCUCAAAAGGAAGCUUGAAGCUUAUUUCCAGCAGGUAAGAGUACAAUCUGGGCCCUCGGAGACGGCAUGUCGCCCUAGGAAUUGAUGGCUAGAGAGCUAAAAAGGAUACCACGUGGCAAGAAGUGAUUGACGUCGAGUUUCACAUUACAUAUGUAUUAUUGUACUUGAAUCGAAAUGUUCGGUUAGUGGGAUUAUAUGUAGGCUUUGUUUUCCAUUAACGAUCGAUAAUGCUAUCGAAGUUUUGCUCUA